AGAGGGAAAUUUAUUUGUGUUGGUUUUGCCAACCUAUGUGAGUUUUAUAAAAGAAAGUUGAAAGUUUUGUUGUGUAAUUGGCGGGGAAGUGUCUAAAGUUUGUUUUGAAUGUUAUGUUUAUUUUUACUAUAAAAAUGCUGAUACUACUGAUAAUGUCUUAGUCUAAGUGUUAUUACUUUUCGAAAUUGUAAAGUUUCUUUCAGUGAUGUUCAGUGUUGACAAUGAUUUCGAUAUAGAUGAAGAUUUCCUGAAGGAUGUGUUCAAGACUGCGGAGGAUCACACCGGGCCCAAGAGGGCAUCGCCCUCGCCCUCGCCUCAUGAGGCUGUCACCAAGAAGCUCCGGGCUGGUGGCACCGCGCUGCCUCUCACUUCUGCUUUGUCACCUCACGUGACCGUUGUUGCCCCACCGUCGCACCAGGCUAAAGCCCCGGGUAGUGCGACGAAGGGACGUGCCAGUGAGUGCGUGUCCAGGCAAAGGAAGUUCCCGGGACCAGCCGGCCUCCUUCCCGACAGGGGCAGCGGCUUCAACAGGACGCUGGAGGCUCGGUCGGACAGCGAUGACGACUCUGAGACUCCGCUCCAGGGUCUGUGCUCGCAGCUGGCGGAGGGAGUGUUCCAGUCGGAGGCAUGGGUGCGCGCAGGCCGGGACCUGAGCCUGGGCGGUGACGAGGGCACGGCACUGGCGGCGUGCACUCUGCGCUGGGCGCGCGGCAAGGCUCUGGCCGGCCAGCUGCCGGGCUUGCGCGUGCCGCUGCUGCGCGUCGCCCUGCGCGCCAUUGACUGCUCCCUGCAGGACCCCUUCGUGCUGUUCCACGACUCCACCGGUCAGAUGCCGGGCACGCUCCACCGCGAGGUGCGCGAGGCCCACGAGGCACGGCUGCACCCGGGCACGGUGCUCGUGCUGCACCAGGUGGGCGUGCUGACCAUGCGACGGACGCUCAGGAACCACUGCCUGAACGUCACUGCCAACAACCUGGUGGCCAUCUACCAGACUCCGGACCCGCAGCGCCCCGACGCUGUGGAGGUGGUGCGCCUGCGCGAUGUUUCCCUGCUCGAAGCCGCACGUGCCGUGCGUGCCAUCAAUGAGAGGCGCCUGGCGCCGGACCUGCCAGGCACGCGCCUGUCUGACUGUGGCGACCAGCAGCUCUUCUCCACUGUGGGCCCUCGCCCUGGGCUGACGUACCUUGGGGGCGCCUUGAGCCCCAGCACUCGCCUGUGCAAUGGUACCUCCAGUGUACCUAGGGACUGCACAAGCGUGAAUCCUUCGCCUCGGAGCUUCCGUACGCCCCUGCGCAACACUACCUCCAGCGUGCCUCGUACAGUUCCUGGAGGCUCCGCAAGCACGACUCCUUCGCCUCGGAGCUCCAGCGUCUCUGUGUUGGCGGCAUACUCUGCCCAGAGCACACUCAAUGGCAGCAUGCACGGUGUGCCACGGCCUGGGAGCGAGCGGCUCUCGAGCAACACUGCUUCUGCCAAAGGGUUCACGCCAAAGACGUCGCAGCUGACUGGUCCAGGGACCCCCUGUCUCAACAAUGCCCGGUGCUCGUGGGCGGUGGCGGAGUCCGACGACGAGCGGAGGAUCGCGGAGAGCGUCCUGGACUGCAUUGACCCAUCGCAGCUGUUCGAUGAGGAUUUCUGAUGGCUGCAGUUGCUGGUGAGGGUGCGAGGCUCUCUCGUAGUUGUGGGAGUUGGAGACCGCUACUGUUUCACUGAAGUUGUGAACUGUGCGAAAUGAUAAUUUGUUGAGCUUAGACUUUCAUAAUAUUCAGAAUCCAUAAAAAUGACAUUUGACACUACCAAUAUUGAUUAUUACUGAACAGAACUAAACUUUAAACAGUAUAUAUUUGUUUCCACAGCAUUUUAUUGAAUGCAAAGUCUAAAGAAUAUUUUUGGGUACUGAAGUUUGUAAUACCAAAUUACUCGAUUUUAAGGUGCACAUUUUUUUUGGUGACUUUUUGAUCUCGGAAAAUAGGGGUACAUUUUUACAAUCAGUGGCAUCUUGCAUCAACCAAAUGAAUUUCAUUUUAAGAUGACUUAUGUAUUGAUUUACUGUCUUUGUAAGCAAACUCAUUAAUGAUUGUAAUAAGGUUAAAGAAAGCAGUUAAUUUUGUGCCAGUCAUCUGUCAUAUUAUGUUACAAUGCCAAUUGUUAUGGCAUUAAACGGAAAAGAUACUGUACGCAUUUAAUGCAAGGUCACCUGGCACAACUUGUGCUCAAAACCUGUUGAGCAGCACUGAAGGUUCCAGGUGACCAUUCACCUGUAAAAAAUACACGUGUUGAUGAAAUUGAAAUGCAUUGCAUCUUGUAGGUUAACUUUUUCUUGUAAAGAAACUGUAACCAAAAUGAAAUUUGUCUUAGAUUUGAGUAAAUGCGGUACUUAAGUCUACAAAAACCUUAACAUUACUAAAAGUAUCUAGUGGCAGAGUGAAACUUGAGAAUUUUUGGACACGCUAUGGAUAAGACUUUUCAUUGCAGAUUAAUGUAUAUUUUUGUAUUUUCCAAUUUUUUUAAUUUAAAACCAUUAUAUAAAUAUUAGAGUUGUAAGUACGUGUGUUAGAAGUUAGAUAUUAAAGGAAGAAGAAAAACAGUU